AUGGAAAUUUUGGCUCAUCGCCUAGUGGGUGGGUUUUGGAGCCAUUGUGGUUCGUCUGAAGGGGUUCCAAUGUUAUGCAGGCCGUGCUUUAGCGAUCAGAAGGAGAAUGCAAGGUAUGUGAGCGAAGUAUUUAAAAUAGGGAUACAAUUGGAGAAUGAAUUAGAGAGGGCAGAAAUAGAGAGAGGGGUUAGAAAACUUAUGGUAGAUGAGGAUGGGAAGGGAAUGAGGGUGAGUGCCAGGGAGUUGAAAGAGAAAAUAGAUGUCAGUAUGAAGGGUGGCUCUACCUACCAUUCCAUGAAAUCAGCUUGUGGAGCUUAUAAGUUGAGGCUUCGUGCAUCUGAUUUGAAGCAACAAUAUCAAGGUGAUUCUAUGAACUCCCACAAUCACUCCAUUACAAAUCAUUGA